AUGGCUUCCAAACCGCCUAUAACUUGCCAUAUUUUGGAUACUACUACGGGUACUCCCGCAAGUGGGGUAGUGUGUUCUUUGUUUUAUACUUCUGUCAAAGAUGUUGGUGACACGGUUGAAAUUUUGAGUUCAGAACCUUUCGCGAUGGCUAGAACUAAUGAGGACGGUAGAGUCCCUGGUUGGGUGUUUGAUCCGGAUCCGAAAAGACGAGAAGCGUUACGUGAAUUGGGAGUAGUAAAGGACAAAUCCACCUUGGUAUGGUCGGAAUUGAAACAGGGAGUUUAUAAGAUCCGGUUCCAAACGGGUAAGUAUUUCAGUGGCAAGCAGAAGGAGACAUUUUUCCCUUUUGUCGAUGUGGUUUUUGAAGUAAGUGAUACUAGACAUUACCAUAUUCCUUUGCUUCUGAGUAAUUACAGUUAUUCGACCUACAGAGGCAGCUAA